AUGUCCAUGGAUUCUCUAGCGGAGAGUGUCUGUGGUAUCUGUAAUGUUCGUCUCUAUAAGCGUGACCUUCGUCAUGUACCUUUAAGUAAAAUUCCAUCGAUUGAAUUACUCAAGAUACAUCCCGAUCUUCACAGCAUGAUUCAGAAAAAUCAGGAAAUUAAUAGCGUCAAUUCAAACGGUAAGUUUCAUAAGAAUGGCGAUAUCGGUUUCACUUCGAAUCAAAACGAGAGAAACGUAGAUUAAUCUUUUCGUGACCCCAACUUACAGCAUUGAUAAGAUACUUUUUUCAUUUCAGACAGCAAUGUUCAAUCGACAAUGAAUAAUCAAUCAUUUACUUGUAUAAAUGGUAUGUUUUUCUAUGGAGCAGGAUUAUAUAAAACUGUUGAUAGAAAGAAACGUUCCUUGAUUCAUUGUGACGUUUGCACGGAGUGUUGGUCGGCAUUGACGAAAGAAAAAAUACCCAAAUUUUCAGCUACUAAUAAAGUAUGGAUGGGAGAUAUACCAAAACAACUACAAGGACUAACCAUUCCUGAACAGAGACUUAUUGCUCUUUACCGACACAACAGUUGCAUUGUGAAAUUGCAGUCCCCUUUUCAUU